AGAUUUCUUGAAAAAAGAAUAAUCAGGAAAAGGAAGCGUGGAAACAUAUAAAGCGUUCCCUAAAUUCAGAUUGGAGGCAAUUUUGAAAAGCCAAUUGAAUAAUGGAGUUUGAUGCAUCUCCCAUUAAUCGGUGCUCCAAAGAUCAUGAGAAAAUCUAUCAACAAUGGUUCAGUUUAGCAGAUUCAGAUGGAGAUGGACGUCUCACCGGAGGUGAUGCCAUCAAGUUCUUUGCCACGUCUAAUUUGCCUCGCCAGGACCUCAAACAGGUGUGGGCAAUUGCAGAUUCCAAACGGCAAGGCUUUCUCGGUUUUAGAGAGUUUAUUGCUGCAAUGCAGUUAGUCUCUUUGGCACAAGCUGGCCACCCUGUAAGCAGUGAUCUCUUAAAUGCCGAAGUUGACUUUGAAAAUUUGCAACCCCCUAGCUUGGAAGGCCUGGAUUUACUUCAAAAUAAGAAAAAGCGUAUGCCUAAAAGUGAACUUGAGCAGAAUGGCAAUCCUACAGUGCAAUCUUCUGUUACAGCUAAUUGGUUUUCAUCAUCUACAUCUGUAAAGAAGGUCUCUUUAAGCUCUGUCACAUCGAUAGUUGAUGGACUGAAGAAGUUGUACAUCCAGAAACUAAAGCCACUGGAAGCAGCAUAUCGCUUUAAUGAUUUUGUUUCUCCAUUACUGACAAAUAGUGAUUUUGAUGCCAAGCCAAUGGUGAUGCUUUUGGGUCAAUACUCAACAGGAAAAACUACAUUCAUUAAGCAUUUACUUAGAACCAGUUAUCCAGGUGCUCACAUUGGACCAGAGCCUACAACAGACAGAUUUGUGGUUGUCAUGAAUGGACCCGACGAAAGAAGUAUUCCAGGGAACACAAUCGCAGUUCAAGCAAAUAUGCCAUUUAGCGGUUUGACAACUUUUGGAACUGCAUUUUUGUCAAAGUUUGAGUGUUCUCAAAUGCCGCAUCCUCUGUUGGAGCACAUCACAUUUGUGGAUACUCCUGGAGUUCUAUCAGGCGAAAAGCAACGAACACAAAGGAGCUAUGAUUUUACGGGAGUGACGUCUUGGUUUGCUUCUAAGUGUGAUCUCAUUCUGCUUUUGUUUGAUCCUCACAAACUUGAUAUAAGUGAUGAAUUCAAACGUGUGAUUGCGUCUCUUCGAGGCCAUGAUGAUAAGAUACGGGUGGUUUUGAACAAGGCUGACCAAGUUGAUACUCAACAACUUAUGAGGGUUUAUGGAGCAUUGAUGUGGUCCCUAGGGAAGGUUCUAAAUACCCCUGAAGUUGCACGUGUCUACAUAGGAUCAUUUAAUGACAAACCAAUAAAUGAGGCUGCUAUAGGGCCAAUUGGAAAAGAACUUUUUGAGAAGGAACAAGAUGAUCUCCUUACAGACUUGAAAGACAUACCAAAGAAGGCUUGUGAUCGUCGUAUAAAUGAAUUUGUAAAACGUGCUAGAGCUGCCAAGAUACAUUCUUACAUUAUCAGUCACUUGAAAAAGGAGAUGCCUGCUAUGAUGGGCAAAGCCAAGACCCAGCAAAAACUUAUUGAUAACUUGGAAGAUCAAUUUAUGAAGGUUCAAAAGGAACACCAUCUGCCAGCUGGGGAUUUCCCUAACGUCGAACAAUUCAGGGAAGUUCUGAGUGGUUAUAACAUUGAUAAGUUUGAGAAGUUGAAGCCCAAAUUGAUACAAUCCGUCGAUGACAUGCUUGGUUAUGACAUCCCUGAACUUCUCAAGAAUUUCAGAAAUCCUUACGAUUGACGAGGCCCAGAGCUGAUAUAGUGUAGAGAAAUUGCUGGCAGACAUGAUGUUUAUUAUAGUAUGUAUCUUGUAUUCUCAUUCUUACUCCCACAUUGAGACAAGGGCCCUAAUAGUGACUAGUGAGUACUGAAGUGAUGUUUUCAUUUGGUAAGUAUGGCUGCAUGUAAAUAUGCAUUAAGAAUUCUACAUCCGGGAAGAUCUUUACUUUUGUAUUUUUCUCAUGAGUAAUUUUAAAUCGACAAUUUGGAA